AAAGGUCCCCUGCUGCUAUCUCUCUCUGAAAUCUGCGACUCGUCCCGUGAUCGCAGGUGUGCACGGGUCACAACCUACCUCACAAGGCAACGGGACCCAUAUAUAAGCUGACCAUGAUCCCAGCUGAAGCCACAGCAGUCUCCUGCUUCGAGCCAAUCGCUAAUCUGCCUCUCAUAUCUACCCCAGUGGCCCUUUCCUCCACCUCUCUGCGGUCUCUUCUUCGCCCGGUCUCUGCUAUGUGGAAAGCCGUGGUGCUCGCGGUGUCCGUGCUGGCGGCCGGGACGUGCGCCAAGGAGGCGCAGCCAGAAUUUGGGGUCAAGCUGUGCGGCCGCGAGUUCAUCCGCGCGGUCAUCUUCACCUGCGGGGGCUCCCGGUGGAGACGGGCCGUGACGAACGACGGUGAUGCCUCGCACAACCCCUUCUCUGCCCUCCAUGAUGAGACCACCGGGAUGAGCCCAAACUCCGUCCCGGGACACCCCAGCCCGCAGCUCCAGCACGCAGCGGCCCCAGACUGGCCCCGGGAGGGCGAAGAAGCGCUCUCGUUCAGCCGGCCUGGCCGCUCUGCCACCCUGGAGGACGUGCUUGAAGCCCUGCGCUCCACCGGUAGGAGGGAGCGAGACGUGGUGGUGGGGCUGUCCAACGCUUGCUGCAAGUGGGGCUGCAGCAAGAACGAGAUCAGCUCCCUCUGCUGAGCGGGGACUGCAAGGUGUUUCGCCUCUUCUCGUUCACACCCUCUUUGUCAUCGAGGCGAGACACCCGUUGUCUGAGACGAAGUGUCGGAUUCUGUAAUUCCUCGUUGCCGCCAUUUCUUGGUCAAGACGUACGCAGCAGAGGUUCUCUUUUCUCAUAGUUCCGGCAUCUCUGGUGUAAUUCCAUCAUGUAUAUUGUUAAAGUUUGAGUCAAUAAUGUGAUUAAAGUGUUGAAGAAUUUUGAGGAACAAAGU